AUGACCACAAAACUAUCAAGGUGGCUUAAGAAAAAUUUAAAAGGUAAUAUUAGAAACAAUUUGGAUGCAACAAUUGAGAAUCUACUUCGAUUGGACCCUCCCAUAAACAGAAAGAGUGUUAUCAGUGAACAAAAAAAAGCGUUAUUGUCAUCAAUAAAAGUCUUGUUAAAAAAUAACAAAGAAAAAGAGUACGAACUACUAAAAAUGUGGCUUAAUUCUGAGGAAAGGAAGAAAGAAAUCGGAAGGACAUUGAAAAUUAUAGAUAAAAAACACCAAGCUACUUUCAAGAGAGCAAAAUUUUUUUCAAGUGUUGUACAACACGCGAUUGGUAGUUUAACAGAUUACGAAUUCGAGAAAGAAACGCAAAAGCGAAACCCCUCAUCUCCUCGUAUUUUUCCACCGACUUCACCAAUUAAAGCUAAUCCUGCUCAUACUCCUACUUCUCAACCACCGCCAUCACCUUCUCCUAAGGAAGAUCGAAAAGAGAAAGGACAAGGCGCUUCGUCUCUAGAAAUCCCGCAACAUUUCUCAUUCUCUCCCUCGGAACAAGGCGCGUACGCCGAACCAAUCAUCCAAUAUGUCGAUAAAGCAUUUUUCAGAUACAUAAAAAAACAUCAAAAGUACAUUCCUUGUAGUACAGUGGAAAGCUUCGCAGCAAGAUAUUACAAACUUAACCCAACGGAUCUGUUCAAAUCUUUUAAAAACGAAGCUAGGAAUCACCUUGCGCAUGGUAUCACACAAUCAAAAGGGAGAUGGAAUGAUGAGAGACUGCAAAGAUUAUCUGCAUUGGCUUUAGAAGUAGUCGUAUGUUUGGGAGACAAAAAAGCAUUCGAGCAAUUGAAGGAAGUUAAACAAAAAUUAGAAUCAGAACUUAUGGAACGACGAACUCGAGUGAUGAAGAGAAAGCGCAAGGAGCACGAGGAAGAUGAAAAUGUGAGGAAAAAAAGUCCGAAAGAUAUAGAUCUUAGAAAUUUGUUAGAUUUUUCUUUAUACAUGGUGAGUAAAUUGGAGUCUGAUGAUGAAAAAGAGUUAAAGCGAAUGGUGCAGUUAGCUGUAGACAUAGAUAAUGCAUUUGUAAACAUCUGGAGGGGUCUGGAAUCUCAAGAGAAUGAGUACGAAAAAGUUGAAAAGUUCGUGAUUCUGAUGAAUUUCCGAUUUGAUAUGCAUCUCAAAGUAAAAAAGGGAGACACAACAUCAUGA